AUGGCGCGGAGAGGCGCGCGGGUGUACGCGAGUGCGGUGAAGGCGGCGGAAAUGGAGGGACUAACUGUCACCACCGGGAUUCGAACCCUCGAGCUUGACGUCACGCGCGAAGAAUCCAUUCAGGCAGCAGUGGCCCACGUGGUGGCAAAAGAGGGGCGGGUGGACGUGCUAGUGAACAACGCGGGCAUCGGCAUGCCAUGCCCCGUGGCCGAUGUGUCCUUGGACCAGCUCCGCCAGGUGCUCGACGUCAAUCUCUACGGCGCCCUCGCCAUGGCGCGAGCUGUCUUCCCAGUCAUGGCGCAGCAGCAGUGA